UCUCUACCACAGGUUUGAGUUGCAGUGUUUUUCCUGUCGCGAUAUUUCUGCACGCUCAGAUACAAGGCUGGAUGAACAGAACUGAGGUAUGAAUAAACGGCACUUGUGCCAAGAUGAAGAUUGACAGAACCAAGUUAAAGAAAAGCAGCUCAGAAGUGCCUGGUGAUUGUGGUUGGUUAAUAGAGAAAUUACAGAACUGCAGCAAUGAGGAACUUUUACCAGUUCUUCGGAGUGUGGAAUCUUGGAGUUAUGGGAAAUGUGAAUUGUAUCACUGGAUUGAUGUGCUGGACAGAUUUGAUACGAUAUUAGAGGAAGCAGCAGAUAAAGAUGAAGAUAAAUGGGUACUGCCAUGUGACUUGCCAGAAAAUUGUCAUGUUCAAGAGUUGGUGGUAUGGGUGCUACACUUCACAACACUGUUGGUCGAGCAUUCCUUCUCCCGACAUCUUUACUCCUCCGUCGAGCAUCUUAUCACCCUUUUGUCGUCCACCUCCAUGACAAUUGUCUUGGCUGUACUCAACUUGCUAUACAUGUUCAGCAAAAGGUCCAAUUUCAUCACACGUCUAGCAGUAGCACCUCGGCAAGCCCUCUUGCUGCGACUCGUCAACUUGGCAGAGCCAUGGGGGGGAAAGGACAAUGGGUUUGGCCUUGCACAGUGUUGUCAAAAUCUUCCCCUGUCUGCUUUUCCAGAAAAUGCUACUGCUCUUCAUUAUGAAUUUUAUGGAGAACAUCAGCAACAGCAGCAGCAACCAUCAGGGGAGGGAAUAAGUAGCAGUGGUAGUGGAUGCAGCAGUAAUAGAGGAAAUAGCUCUAUAAUUACUAUUCACAUAAACGACAUGCAAAAUAUCAACAAGUCGCCAGCACAGGUGAUGGAGGAGCUUUUGCAGGUGUACAAAGUGCCUAUUGAGAAACAGAUGGUCCUGUUUACUCAUAUAAGAUUAGCUCAUAGUUUUGGGUCAUUUGAAACUAGAUUGCAGUGUGUUCAAGCCCGACUACAGGCCCUGUCUGUGCUUGUGUACUGCAAUGCAUUGCAGGAUAAUGCUAAUACAGUUUUGUAUUCGGGGCUUCUUGAUGAGUUUGUAGAGGUAUUGGAGUUAAAUGACACCAAACUCACAGAAAUCAAGGCUGCCACCCUCCGUACUCUUACAUCCAUAAUACAUCUAGAUCGUAUGCCCAGCUUCCCCAAAUUGAACACUAUUAUAGAUGUAACAGGUGCCUCGUCUUACCAUGGGUUUCUGCCAGUGUUGGUCAGAUCAUGUAUUGCCAAUUUGACAUCCACAACACCUCCGGUGCCUAACCCUUUCCCUGCACCUCUGGCCACUGCACUUUUCUCGUUCCUGUAUCAUCUUGCCAGUUAUGAAGCAGGGGGUGAAGCUCUUGUCUCAUGUGGCAUGAUGGAGUCCCUAAUCUCUGUUGUCAAUUGGAAAGGCACUGAACCGGAUCAUAUUACGUUUGUAACAAGGGCUGUGAGAGUAAUUGACCUCAUAACAAAUCUUGACAUGCAUGCCUUCCAAACUCAUGGAGGACUCUCAGCCUUUAUAAGAAGACUAGAGGUGGAAGUGGAUGAGUGUAGGAAGGAACAGCCAUUUGUAAUAAGUUUGCCAGCUCCUCUAGCAGAAAUUGCAAGCGCUCCUGCUGACGCAGACCAGGCAACAGCUACUGUGGAAGAACCUGUUGGCACAACAGAAUCAACACAAGUGCCUGACACUGCUACACACUCACCCAUGGACACAACUCCUGCCCCUGUAUCUGAUGGCUCAAGUGAAUUGGAAAUUACCACAAGUCAGCCCUCUUAUAAUACUCGGCCUAGCACUUCAGCUGCAAUGGAAAUACCAACUACAUCCCAGCCAGACUAUAGUGAAGCAAAGACUGGUUUAUCUUGCUUGCCACAGAGGGCUGCUCUUGUGAAGUCUAUGCUCAACUUUUUGAAGAAAGCUAUCCAAGAGCCUGGUUUUAGUGAAAGCAUGCGUCAUUUGAUGGAAGGUUCCCUCCCUGCAUCCCUUAAACACAUAAUCAGUAAUGCAGAAUAUUAUGGAGCUUCACUGUUUCUGCUAGCAACAGAUGUAGUCACUGUGUAUGUGUUCGGAGAACCAUCCUUGUUGUCAUCUCUUCAGGAUAAUGGAUUAACAGAUGUUGUACUCCAUGCACUAUUGGUAAAGGAUGUGCCAGCCACAAGAGAGGUGUUGGGUUCCCUUCCUAAUGUUUUCAGUGCCCUAUGCCUCAAUUCUCGGGGUCUUGCUGCUUUUGUGGCAUGUAAGCCAUUUGAGCGACUCUUCAAGGUGCUUCUCUCCCCUGACUAUCUACCAGCCAUGAGACGGCGUCGCUCUUCGGAUCCAAUGGGUGAUACUGCCUCGAAUUUAGGCAAUGCAAUGGAUGAAUUAAUGAGGCACCAGCCUAGUCUCAAAGCCCAAGCCAUGAAGGCCAUUGUUAAAUUGUUAGAAGAGGUGUGCCUGUUGGGGAGUGAUACUCACUAUAUCUGCUGGAAGACUCCACCCAAACAUGAAGCAUCACCUGCUCCAGUAUCUAGAACAACAAAUGAUAACUCUAGUGAUGAAGAGGAAGAGGAGGAGGAAGAGAGAGAGAGUGGCGUUGCUGGACCGUCGUCUCGGCUGGACAGCGGGAAGACGUUCCCCCAUCUGAUACCACACCUGGUGAAACGGCCUGUACCUCUUGUGGACUAUGUACUUAAUGUCAUGAAGUUUGUAGAUGCCAUCCUUAGCAACAAUUCGACUGAUGACCACUGCAAAGAAUUUGUCUCCCAGAAAGGCCUUGUACCACUACUAGGCAUUUUGGGACUGCCAAAUCUUCCAAUAGACUUCCCAGUUUCUCAAGCUUGCCAAUCUGUAGCAUCAGUCUGCAAGUCCAUAUUGAAUCUUGCUCAUGAAAGUGGAGUUCUUCAAAGAGGACUACAGUGCCUGAAUGAGAAAUUAGAAGCUUUGGCUCCACUACAUCAGCCUCUGCCUUCUCCAGGGGGAUCAGUUUUGCUGCACGAGUUAGCUUCUGCGCCGACCCCUGGUGAGGCCACAGCAUCUCCGCAGGCUACACCUCUCUUGCAUACCCUUAGUGCCGUUCAUGCUUACAUUAUGAUGCUGGUCCACGUUUGCCGCACGGGACAAACAGAGAUAAGGCAGGUCUCUAUCAACCAGUGGGGAACAGAGCUAGGCCUACGUGUUUUGGCAGGACUCACCCAGUUGUACACCUCACUUGUGUGGGAGUCUACAGUGUUGUUAGCUCUCUGUUCAGAUGAUGCUCUUCCUGCUGGCUGUCUUUUUGGAAAGGAAGACACCGACAAACUUCUCCCUCCAGAUUUAAGGUGUGAUGAUGGAAGCCGAAGUGAGGCUGUUGCCAUGGAAGUAACAGAAACAGAUGUGAAAGUGGCAACAGGAGGGAGUGCGCCGACAGCUGACGACAGUAGCACAGAGAGCCCAACUCGACAACAGUCAGCUGCUACACAACAUCAGAUGAAGCUGAUCAAACCUCUUUUAUCGUCAGCAUCUAGAUUAGGGAAGGCUCUAGCUGAGCUCUUUGGUUUACUUGUCAAGUUGUGUGUUGGAUCACCAUUACGUCAACGCAGAGGACAACAAGUGGCAACUCCAAUCACCCCACCAUCUACAUCAGCAAGGGCAGUGGCAUCUGCUUUGGCACAGCUCCUCUAUGCUGGCCUUUCCUGGACACCACCUCCAUCUUCUCCUGUACCCAAGUUUCGUCUUACUUUCCUGAUAUGUUCUGUAAGGUUUACCAAUCCUAUGCUUUUCGAUGACAAGAAGAUGCCUUACCAUCUGAUGCUUCAGUACUUUGUAUCUUCUCAAGGUCUAAAAGCCUUCUUUGACACAUUUGAGUGGGCCAUCACAGCAGGAGGGGCUGUUCAGGGACAAGAUGGAUUGGAUUCUGGAGAGUUACCUGAAGGUACUGGAGAAUUUUUGGACACAUGGUUAUUCUUACUGGAGCGAUUAGUCAACCCACGGACUAUGUUGGAUUCUCCCAACUCCCUUCCCGCCAAGUCCUCACAACCUGGCUAUCAACCAUUCAGUCCUCUCAAGUUUUUAAUUCAUAUACAAAAGGUUGCAUUUGAAGCUGUAAUGAAAUUGUGGAACAAAAAGCCUUUGAAGUCCUAUGGAGUACGCAUAUCUGAAUCUGUUCUGGUCAUCCUUUGCUCUAUCAUAAAGGGUGAGGCAAUUAUACUUGAACGUCUUGCCAAGGAGAAGGAAAGCAUGCCUACUUCAACAACUACAGCCACCACGACCACCACAAAUACAAGUACUAACAAUACAUCCACAACCACUACCACCACCACUACUACUAGCACCACAACCACUACCACCACCCCUGCCACUGCAACUACUGUCACACCAUCUCCUGUGCCAGCUUCUGCUCCAGUGUCCUUAGAGGCAGCCAGUCAGCCUUCAGCAGACUCUGAGGUGAACCAGCAACAUUUGCAGGCUCUGAUGGACAUGGGUUUUGGGAGGGAACGUUGUAUGGAGGCUAUUGCACAGACCCAUACACUACAACAGGCCACAGAGUACUUAUUAAUGAACCCUCUUAUGGAUCAAGUUUCUGGUGCUGGAGGCGGCGGUGAUAUGGAGUUGACGGAGGAAGAUCAAAUGCUGCAAGCUAUUGCCAUGUCACUUGGUGAGAAUGUUCAAGUGUCAGGUAGUGGCAGUCAGCACCGAAGUGUACUUGCCAAACCGCCACCUGUCCCUCAAAAAGUUGUGGAUGAUGAACCUCUCAGUAAAGACACCCUUGAUAACUUCACUGAAUUUGUAUUGGAGGGAUGUUUGAGUCAGCUAGAUGUCCAGCCUCAAAUGGUAUACAAAGUCUGUGAAUUGCUCACUACAUGUGCUACUCGCAACGGUACAGUGUGGAGAGACAACAUGCUCACUACACUAAUAAACCAGAUUAGCAGCCAAGCAGGACAGUUGCUUUUGACCAACACACUCUCAACACAGGAAACUGUGGAACUCCUAUGCUCAUCCGUCCUGGCAUCCAAGUUUGCAGUCAGAUUGCAUCUUGUUACGUUGUUAUUUGAGGAAAUGAAAAGUGGCUGUGCAAUAGCAAUGGAGCAAGCUGGUCUGGUAGACACACUCACAGAUUUGUUUACCUUAACGCAUGCUGCUAUGGCUUCUAUUUCUGUUACAAAUUCUCCCACUACUGCUACUGUGGCAGCUGCUGCUUCUGCUGCUCCAGCACCCAGCCCAGCGACGGCUGUGCCUUUAGGAAACUCACAAGCUAAAGAAAAAGAUAAAGAAUCUGGGGAUGGCUCUGGGACACCUAAAUGGAUCUCUCCUGGUUUGCUCUUGCUUGACUUGUAUGAGAAAUUGGCUAUUGCAACUAAAAGAAGAUCUUCUGUCAGUAAGAUAUGUAAUCAUGUAUGGAAAUGGUUUGACAUGAGUACGCUUAAGUGGUGUGCUUACUCGGCUAGCAACAAUAAAACUAUUGAUGAUGCUUACUGGGCAGGUGAGGCAAGCAUUCGCAUUAUCAAUGGCCGCAGAAAAUAUACCAUCCAGUUUCAUUCAAUGGUGCAGGUAAAUGAGGAAUCAGGGAACCGGCGUCCUGUUAUGAUAACUGUAAAGGAUAAGGCAAUUGCUGAACAGAAGAAGAAAUUGCCACAUACUAUGCCUCAAGAUGAACCAACCCCAACUACUGAAGAGGAAAGUUUAAGAGGAGGCAAGCAAGAGAGUGCAACUACAGAGGAAAGUACCACUGAGGCUACAAGGCCAGGAGAAGCAGCAGUUAGUUUAGAAAAUGCCUUAGUGCCAGUAACUGAUGUACAAGCUGAUGCUGUAACUGUUGCUGCAGGAGAUGAGAAAAUGGAGUGUGAAGAUGGUGAGGAUGCCACUACUGUGGCUUCUGAACUUGAUAACACUCAAGUGGUGUCUAUCGAGGGUCUAACACCUGGCCAUCAUGAGGCUAUGAUAAGAGCAUGUGUAGGUUUCAUGAAACUGGGAGUUGAACCAGAUACACUUCAUGCCUUGAUGCGCCUCUGUCUGAGAAUGACUAGGGUAUGGGAGCACGCUUGUCUCUUUGCCAGUCUGGGUGGUGUACGUACCUUACUCUCACUCACAGAAUCUUCAGGUUUCUGGGGCUUCCAAAAUUUGGCAGCUUUGCUAAUGAGACAUGUUCUAGAGGAGCCCACAACAUUACGAUAUACCAUGGAGAAGGUGGUACGGUCAUCAGCCAGUAACAACACCAUGUCAGGGGCAAAGGAAUUACAUUAUUUGUUAAGGUUGCUGGCCCCAGCUGCUUGCCGAGAUCCCCAUUUAUUCACGGAGAUUACACAACAAUGCCUUCGAAUUGAUCUUAACAUGACUCUUAAAAGGAACCUCAUGUCAGCAAACAAUGAAGAUAGUAUUUUGAUGAAGAGUGUUGGCGGGAAGAGCACUAUGAGUAAUGCUGGAGGUAGCACUAGUGGCAGUUCUGCAGGUAUGACCCUUAGCUUAGAGCCUCAGCAAUUGAUUCAUGAUCUUCUUGAAGCUCUCACAACUCUGAAAGAUGACAGUGAUCCUGCAUCUGCCUCAGCUGGGACUCCAAGCACUGCCGUGGCUGGUAGCCUUGUGACUAACACUACCCCAACAGAAGAAAGGGCGUCGUCAAGCACUAGCGCUCGGAGACAGCUUCAUCUCUCUCGUUCAUCUUCAGCUAAUGAUAUGGUUGUUCAGGAAACUGAUGAACAGAGUCCUAUGGAGAGUGAAGCAAGCAAGUUGCCUGGUGCUGACAGCAAAGUAGCCUCCAGUGACAAAGCAGAUGAUGCUGCUAAGAAGAAGAAACCCCUUCUAUCGAAGUCCCUUAUUUGCAAGCUUCUAGCAGAAUUUGUGAGGUCCUAUGCAGGUUGUGCCAAGCUAGUUACUGAACACCAUUACUCGGCAGGAGCUAAUGAAAAAAUAACAGAGGACUGCUCAGCUCUAGCUUACAUGUUGGACCACCUAGUUUGUAGUAGUUCAACUUCAGAUAAAGAUACGGCUGGCCAUGUACGAGUGCUCAUAGCUGCCCUGGCCUCGUGCAAUCAUGCCCCAGAUGCUCAAACAAUCCUUGUAGCAGAGGUAAAAGCGGCUUUGGGACGUGCAACAGUAUACCCCGAGAAUAUGGAUAAACACGGACGCAUCCAGGCACUUGUGGGUUUGAUCUGCACCAUGAUGGAGGCAUGCCCUGCACAGUUAAAUCAGCCUCCCAACAUGUGCUUCAAACAACAGCAACAUGGGAUGAACAACAUGAUCAGAGUGAUGGUACGCAAGGGGUUAGUGACAGACCUUGCACGUAUUCCUCACAGUCUGGACUUGUCAUCACCUAACAUGGCUGCCACUAUCAAUGCUGCCCUCAAGCCUCUUGAGCUGGUAUCACGCAUUGUCAAUUUACCAUCAUUUGUACCCACGUCAUCAUCGAAGAAAAAAAAUACACAAAAUGAGGAUUCACAACAACCAGCUGGGACAGGAACCACUAACAGUGAAGCUACUCGUGCUCAAGGAGAUGAUAAUAUAGAGGAUACAGAAAAUACAGAACAUGAUAUAUCUGGGGCAGGAGAGAGUCUUGAGCCAACAUCAGAUGCCCAUCCAAAUGAGGUUAGUGUGAGGCACCUUGUGAGAGGUACUGAACGGCAACUUGGCUGUGUCUUCCAGUACAAGUUGGAGAGUUGGGUGGAAUGGCUUGGCUCACACCACACCCUUCGUCCCACACUGCAGUCCAGCCUCACAUCCUUCAACACAACCUUCCCAUACUAUAUAUCCAGUCUACAGUUGUGUAUAGCUGUAUUCCCAGCUGAUGAUGACGACGAUGAGGAGGAAGAGGAGGAGGAAGGUUCUGUGUUUGAUGAGGGUUAUGAAGACCUUGAGGAAGCCUUCAUUCGUCUUCCAGGAGACCGGGAUUCCGAUGAUAUUCUUCUGCUACCCUCAUAUCAACAGUACAUUGAUACAAUAGAUACCAUCAUAUUUGGGGAUAGAGUUGAUAGAGUAUCCCUGCAUCACCAUAGUAACUCCCAUGAGGAUCCAUCUUUCAUGGCCUCGACACCAAAUGCUAAUCCAAGUGGGAGCAAUGCCAUUCCCACUCACCCAUUAUUCCAGAACCCACGAGAGGUUCCCACUUCAGCCAGCGCCCGCCUCAACAGCAGGCCCAGUCGUCAACGCGGGGUGCUCAGGUACCAUACUGUCACCCCACGCACCCACACCACCACCACCACCAUACUCCAGAGACUACUGGGACCUAGUCAUCGUGAUGUUCUCCAGCUCUCCUCAAAUUUGCGAGAGGCAUCUCAGGUACUCUUCACCAAUCCUGAUGUCAGAUUGAUGCCCCCUGACCCGGAUGAAUUUAUUGAAAUGCAGGAUCAUGGUGGAACGGUGAUGAACAAUGGUGGAUCAUCUGCAUCCCUUUCUAAUGUUCCUAAUGCACUCUCUCGUUGGACUGAAGAAACUAGGGUUCUUGAGGCAGACUCCAUGCAUGAUGCUGUCACAGUUGUCAAGCCAGCAUUAAUGGCAGUUUUAGAGAAGUACAGAGAUGCUGAACAAUCUGAGAGAGACAAAAAGAAAAAAGAGCAAGAAGCAAACAAGCCUCCAACAACCUCCAGUGACAGUUCCCAUGGCCCUCUUUUGCUUCAGAGUAGUGAUGCAGAGAUGGGCGAGGCUCCUGAUAACAAUCGUGUAGCUGAUGGGCAAGAAACGCCAAACCCAGAAACUUCUGGUCAAGAGGCCACCAUUUUGAGCAGAGCAUCUAUAGCAGAAUCUAUUGUGGAAUCUGUUUUGGCCUCCUCUUCUAGACCACAAGCUACAACACCUAGCUUUUCGGGACUACUAACACUCCUGUCUCCAGUAUCAUCUGGUGCUCCCACAUUACCACUACAAGAACCCCCUAUUUCCUCUAUCCCAGCUAUUGGUGGAGCCUUAGCAGGAGUGCCCUCAGCUCCAGCCACCCCACAAACUACGUGUGUAAGCAGCUUGCCCCCAUUUCCUUCCCCAACAACUUCUACGCCAACUCCAACAGCACUUUUGGCACCAGCUAAUGCUUCAGUAUUAGGAAGUAGUGUGACACCCUCCACACUUACUGUCACAGAUGCAGAGAUGGUAGUAGCUUCUCCCUUACCUACAGUGGGACCUCAGGCUAUAUCUAAUGACAAUGUUGAAAGUUUAGUAACCCAAGAAGAGACUCCAAUGUCAGUAAGUCCUCCUGAGUACCCCAGUCAGUCACCAGAGUUACUAGCAUCAUCAGGUGACACACUCACAACCCCACCACUGCCUGGUAUGCCCCCAAGAGAAGCAUGGGAAGAUCCAAGCAUGGCUAUGCAACAGGACUCUCAAGAUCAAUCUGGGGAUCAAACUAUGACCUCUUCACUUCCAGUUCUAGUUAUGCCAUCAAACCUAAGGAGAGAUAGCCAAGACAGACCACAACAAGAUUCAAGAGGUGGAAGAGAGAGCGAGGCUGGACCAUCAGGGUCCUCCACCACCCGGCCAGACUAUUCCGCCAUUCUUGGAGACAUAGAGAUUCCCGAGGGUGUGGACCCGAGCUUCCUUGCUGCCUUACCUGAAGAUAUGAGACAAGAAGUAAUUGCUGAACAGCUUAGACUUCAGCGAGUAAGACAACGAGCGACUGAGAACACCAGAGAGAACAAUAGUGCCAGUGUGAGCGAGGUGAACCCAGAGUUUUUGGCUGCACUUCCCCCAAAUAUCCAGGAAGAAGUGCUUGCACAGCAGCGCUUGGAACAGCAAAGGCAGCAGGCUGCGCGCUCUAACCCUGAUGACCCCAUGGAUCCCGUUUCUUUUCUGCAGACACUUCCACCUUCUCUAAGACAGACUAUUCUGGCAGACUUAGAAGAUUCACAGUUUGCAGCACUACCCCCAGAAUUAGCUCAAGAAGCUCAGACACUUCGCCGUCAGCGUGAGGAGCGCAAUAGACAUGUCCAUGAGCAUAUGUUCAAUAGAUCUGGUACUUCUCUUUCUUCUAUAUUACGCAACACAGCACGUAUUGGUUCACGCCUCAUGCAUUCAUCAAGCUGGUCUACUAGCUGGAAUCUCCGAACCUCAUCUAGUGGUCAGCAAGUAACAGCCACCAGCAAACCACGGGGUCGCCAACUUCUGGACCAUGAAGCCAUGACAUGCCUUUUAGUUCUUCUUUUUGUAGAUGAACCCAAGCUCAAUACUGGUCGUCUUCACCGUGUACUUCGAUAUUUAUGUCACCAUACACCUACUAGGGAUUGGGUCAUAAAGGCACUUUUGUCAAUCCCGGAACGCUGUGGGCAAAGUCUGCUCAGUAGCAGUCGUAUGGGGGCAUCAGCAGUGAAAUGCCAUCCAGGGCUUGGCGUGGUGAAUUCGUUCCCCCCUGCACCUUCCUGGCUCAGUAUGACCAUGGAUGCAGCUCUUGGGUGUCGAGCAAGUAUCUUCCAAAUUCAGCGCACAGCACAGACUGGGAAGCGGACAUCAGCAGCAGCACUAACCACAUCUGUUAAUAUUCACCCACAAGCUGCUCCAUUAGUGUGCAGACAUGCCCUUGACACCUUGAUCUCAUUGGCCAAGAGUUUUCCCAGCCAUUUCUUACCACACCAAGGCAAAGAAUCGGAUGAUAAUAAAAGUGAAGCGAAAAAAUCAGGUUGUGGAACAACCACAGGUGCUAUAAGUAAAAAUUCUAAAGGAUCAUCAGGUCAAAGUAGUGAAUCUACAGACUUCUGGGAAUUGUUAGUAAAGCUAGACUCAAUAAGUGUUUCACGCAAAGGAAAAGGACUGCCUAGAACACACUCGGGUGCAGGUAGUAGUAGUGAAGAAGAACAGCGUGUUACUAGUCUUGAAGCAUCGGCGCUCGGCCAACUCAUACAGCAGUUGGCUCAUCCUGUUGUGCGCAGAUCUUCGCUUCUCACUGACAGGUUGCUUCGUCUUCUGGCUCUGAUAUCCUUGGGGCUACCUGAUACUGCUGAUACAGCUACUUCACAGAAUUCGAAUACCUUGCAACACUCCACUGAAAAUUCUCAAACUCUAGAACAUCUACUUAAAUUAGCAAUUCAUGUGUUAACCAGCAAAUCAUGUUCUGAAGAGGGUUUAGAAGAUGCAACAGCUCUUCUGUUGCACCUGUCCCAUGGUCCACCACCAGCUCGGGAUCAGGUGCUUAGACUCCUCCUCCAGGGUGCUGCAACACUGGGCUCUACAGUAGCUACUCACAUUGCUGCUUUGUUGAGUGAUUUACAAGCCUACAAUGCAUCUCAUCCACCUGUUUGUAUAAAUGAUGAAGAACACCAGCCUCAUGUGACAGACAAGACAAAGAAGGGGUUAUUACAAGACAGAUUUACUAAUGAAUGUGUGAUCAUAAGUGGGACAACAAAAGUAAAAGCACCUUGUGAACUUCAGCUGGCAUCCAUGUCAGCACUCACCAGCAAAACUUCUUCACAGGCCUUUUUCCUGCGUACCCUUAAAGUUAUUAUUCAACUUAGAGACGCCAUAAGAUUAUCGCGUACCAGAAAAAGUGGGACUCAACCCCCAAAUGUAGCCACUGACAGACAAACUGAGAGUCAACCAAGUACAGUAGGCAACCAAGAACAGUCAGAGACAGGAAAUAAUGACCCUUCCUCAGAAAUGGCUACAAGUCAGCAACCUCAGGUCACAGAAGCUAGUCAAGAGCAACCUGAAGCUGCUGCUGCCGCUGCCAUCCAAGAACAAGUUAGUACAGUAACCACGCAAGAGCAAGAGGACACUGUUCAACAGCAAAUACAACAACAGGAACAAAGUGAGAGAGAUUUUGUUCCUGUAGUGUUGAUCGAUGUAUCCAAUCCAGAGACAGACAAUGCAGUCAAUGCAUCUGCAACACCUCAGCCAGAGAGUAUUCAGCCAACUGCUGAGGCAAUGGAUGUGGACAAUGAAUUACCAGAAACUACUGAACUGGGGAGUUUGAGCGCCCAGUUAAAUCUUGAUGAAUUGUGGUCAACAUUGUCUCAGUGUCUGAUAGAGCUUGGUGAGACCCAAGACACCCAUGCAGUGUUAGUGUUACAACCAGCAGUAGAAGCCUUUUUCUUAGUUCAUGCUUCAGCUGCCUCAGGAGACCGUAAAGAGCGCACCACAACUCAGACGGAGUCACGGGAAGCUCAGCUGGCACAUUUGCAUCAUGAAAUUGCACCACUUUCUCCUCUACCUUCAGUUCCAGCUGAGGAUGGAGAAGGGAAUGUUAAUCGAGCUGGAGCGAGGAAGAGAGAAAAUUCAAUGUCUCUCAUAGCCGAAUAUAACCCUGGCGAUACUGAGAAAUUCCUGAAGUUUGCAGAGACACAUCGGACAGUUCUCAAUCAAAUCUUACGGCAGUCAACAGUUCACCUUGCUGACGGUCCAUUUAGUGUUCUUGUGGAUCACACUCGUCUUCUGGAUUUUGACAUUAAACGCAAAUACUUCAGAACCGAACUAGAACGUGCAGAUGAUGGUAUGCGCCGAGAAGACUUGGCUGUGCAUGUCCGUAGAGAACAUGUAUUUGAAGAUUCCUUCAGGGAAUUACACAGACGGUCCCCUGAUGAGUGGAAAAAUAGAUUCUACAUAGUAUUUGAAGGCGAAGAAGGACAGGAUGCUGGUGGACUUCUUAGAGAGUGGUACAUGAUUAUUUCCCGGGAAAUCUUUAACCCAAUGUAUGCACUGUUUUGCACUUCACCUGGUGACAGAGUAACAUACAUGAUUAACCCAGCAUCUCACUGUAACUCCAAUCAUCUUUCGUAUUUCAAGUUUGUUGGAAGAGUUAUAGCUAAAGCCAUAUAUGACAACAAGUUAUUAGAGUGUUACUUCACGAGAUCAUUCUACAAACACAUUCUUGGCAAAAUGGUGCGUGUGGUUGAUAUGGAGAAGAGGAUUAUUUCAUUUUAUCAGGGCUCAUAUUUCUUGCUAGAGCACAAUGUUGCAGACCUAGGGUAUGAACUCACCUUUAGCACAGAGGUAAGUAAUUUUGGAAUUACUGAGGUAAGGGAUCUCAAACAAAAUGGCCGAAGACAUAGCUGUUACAGAGAAUCCAAGAUGGAGUACAUACGUCUUGUAUGCCAAAUGAAAAUGACAGGAGCUAUACAAAAAAAUUAUUAUACAUUCUCGGAUUGAAUGCUUUUUGAGGGUUUCUAUGACAACAUUGCUAAGCGUCAUAUAUCCAUUUUUUAUGUACAAAGUUUGUAGCUACUUAUAUCAGGGCUUCCAAACAAUAGACAUAGAGAUCUACGAACUAAUACUGAAUAUCUCAAAUACCAACCGAACUCACUUAUUCCGUGGUUCUGGCGUGCCUUGAGGUCAUUUGAUCAAGCUGAGCGUGCCAAAUUCCUGCAGUUUGUGACUGGUACAAGUUAAAUUCCACUACAAGGUUUUGUAGCUGAGGGCAUGAAUGGGACACAAAAGUUCCAGAUUCAUCGUGAUGCCCGAUCAACUGAUAGGUUAAACCCUUUAGCUCAUACCUGGUAA